AUGAUUCUAGAAAUCUGCGUAUUAUUAUCGAUCGCAUGGACGACGGUACAAACAACAACUGUAUCUUAUAACCUGCCAAAAUUCUGUUCAAGAGCAUUGUGGAAUGCGAAUGCAACGACUUUUGCAACUGAAAACAAAAUUGGCAAAGAUCCACACAGCAUUUUUGUUGAUAAAAAUAACAAUAUCUAUGUUCCUAAUCGAAGUUCAAAUAAAAUUGUAUUAUGGCAUAAUAAUGGUAAAACAGAAUAUAAAACUAUUGCUGGAAACUUAGUCUCUCCACAAAGUGUUUUCGUGACAUUAUCUGGUGACAUGUAUGUCGCUAACGUUCAGAGCAGUUGGAUAACGAAAUUCACACUCAAUGAAACACGUAGUACGUUGACUAUAAAUAAAAUGGGUAAUUGUCUUUGUGUCUUCGUUGACGUGAACAGUACUAUUUACUAUUCAUUUUGGGAAGUGCAUAAAAUUUUUAAACAGCCAGUGAGUGGUACUACAGUUGGAGAAACGACUGCGGCAGGUAAUGGUAGUGCGGGAAAAGCCAACAAUCAACUAAAUCAACCUUUCGGACUUUUUGUGGACGUCGAUUUGGGUUUAUACGUGGCCGAUUUUAAAAAUAAUAGAAUUCAGCAUUUUCGCUCCGGUCAAGUAAAUGGAACAACAGUCGUAGGAGACGAAGUGUCCUUCUCAGCUAAAUUAAAUCAUCCAACAGGAGUCGUGCUGGACGGUGAAAAAAACUUAUUUAUUGUCGAUUGUUAUAAUCAUCGCAUUGUUCGAUUGAUAUCGAGCGAUCUACGUUGUGUGGCUGGGUGUUCUCAAUCAUCAGGAUCUGACCUCAGCAGAUUAAAUGAACCUAUAAGUCUUAGUUUUGACAGUUACGGAAACAUCUAUGUGGCAGAUAAGUUUAACAAUCGAAUUCAAAAGUUUGUUUUCAUAACAAAUUCAUGUAAUCUCAUCGCCACUACGUCACCCAUCUUAAGAAACAAUAAACCAUCCAGCAGGAUUCCACCGAUCGGUACUACAACGGUAGUUGACAUUGCCACUACAGAAGUCAAAAGAAGUACUACCACAAGCGGUACUACUGCGAUCCAGUCUUUUGUCGCUCCUAAUUGCUAUAAUUAUACUUCUACUGGUGUUCUUUGCAGCCAACUUGAAUCGAUAUGCAAACUAGCAAGUCCAUGUCACAAUAAUGGCAGCUGUACUUUAAAUAGCAGUGCGUCAAGAGGAUAUUCUUGUUCGUGUUUGCCUUAUUUUAACGGUACCUUAUGUCAAUAUGACCACCGACCAUGUAAACCGAACACAUGCUGGAACAAUGGCACUUGUGUUCCAGAUAAGUCAAAUACGACUUUCGAAUGUCGAUGUGCGGUUGGAUGGGAUGGUAAACAUUGUGAAACAAAAAUAAACUAUUGUUGGAACGCCACUUGCUUGAAUAAAGGUGUUUGUUUCCCGUUAUUCAUGAAUUAUAAAUGCGAAUGCGUAGGAGAUUAUUCUGGUCGUCAUUGUGAAAUAUCUAGCCGAAGGAUGAUAAUUCAUAAAAUCAUUUCAAAAACAGUUUCGUAUGUGGCGAUUCUUGUUUUGAUCGUCACUGUCAUGUUUUUCAUCAUCAUGGACAUAUUAAAAUAUUGCUUUGGAAUUGACCCGAUUCACGAAGAACGAGAACGAUUGCGACGAGAAAAACGAAUGAAGAAACACAAACCCAUCAUUCAACGUCCUGUUUAUGUCAAUCCACCGCCCGUUGUUAUCAUUCAGGAAACAACUCUCUAG